AUGGCGUCCUCGUGGGCCCACUCGGGCAUCGCGGCCCUCCUCGAGCGCAUGAAGUCGCAAGACUCCGAUUUCCGCUUUAUGGCCCUUAACGAUCUCAUCACAGAACUCACAAAGGAUAACUACAUUCAGAUGGACGACUCGACCGAGAACAACACCCUUCGUCAAGUUCUCGCUUUGAUGAAGGACUCCAACACCGAAGUCAAGAACAUGGCCGUCCGAUCGCUUGCUAUCCUCGUCCCACGUCUUCGCGAGAAGAACAUGCAAAACGUGAUUGACACCCUCAUCGAGUACAUCUCUUCCAACAAUGACGAACUCAGGGAUAUUGCCGCUCUUGCUCUCAAGACCGUCACUGCACAGAUGCCCGCUCGCUCCUCUUACGCUAACACUGCACUCAACAAGCUUGCGCCAAGGCUGCUCAGUCACGUGGCUGAUCAGGCUGCGUCGCAAGAACUGCUCAUCGACUCACUCGAUAUUCUCGCCGAGCUCAUUACCAAGUUUUCAUCAUCUGUCUCAGCUGCGUUGCCCCUUCAAAAUGCACUCCUCAAAGCAGUGGUUCCUGUCAUGCGUCACAGCCGUCCUGCGGUGCGGAAGCGUUCGCUCACCGUCCUGGGUGCUCUUGGAUCAUGCGCGACAUCAGAUAUCUUCACGCAGCUCUCAGUACAGCUCAGCGCCGAUCUCGACGAGGCAAAGACUUCGGUCGACACUCGUAAAACAGCCGUUCAGCUCAUCGGCAUCUUCGCACGCACCUGUCCACGCAGAUUGGGUCGACGUCUACCCGAGUUCAUGCCUGCCGUUACCAAGGCUGCAAAUCACGACGAUGACGAGUUGCGCGAGACAUGUCUUCAGUCUAUCGAGCUCGUUCUCUUGCGCUGCCCUGCCGAGGUGACACCUUUCGUCAACUCUUCAAUCGAUCUCGCCACUACACUCAUCAAGCACGACCCCAACUACGCUGGCUUUGACGAAGAUGAAGAGAUGCGCGACGCAGACGAUGAUUUCGCGGAUGAGGACGACCAAGAUGACUUGCUUGAUGACGACUACUCUGAUGACGACGACAUGUCUUGGAAGGUACGAAGGGCGUCGGCUAAGGUGUUGAAUGCUGCGUUGACCAGUCGACCAGAGCUGUUGGCACAUCACGUUAGCACUGUUGCCCCCGUGCUUGUGGCUCGAUUCUCGGAGCGAGAGGAGAGUGUGAGGCUCGAAAUUCUGGAUACCUUUUUGGCUUUGCUCAAGCAGAUGCAGCUCUAUGCUGGCGGUCCACAGGCGACGGAAGUCAUUGGCUCGACAUCUAGCUCUUCUGCCAGCCAGGCUGCUGCUAUCGCCGCUGCAGGCAUGCUUAAGCGCAAGCGACAGGAGGGUGAAGCGGAUGAUAUCGAGGGAUCGCCUCGUGGUCAGCUGCUCGCUUUAGUCCCUGCCAUCGCUAAGGCUCUCAAUCGCGAGAUUGUUUCCAAGUCCAUCCCUACCCGUCACAAGAGCUUUGUCGUGCUUCGCGAGCUCAUCAUCGUCCUACACGGUGGAUUGGAGACGCAUAUCGGCUCCAUCUUGGCACACACAGAGAAGGCGCUCAAAGGUGCAGAGUCAGCGGCGUCCGGUGGAUCGAACCUGAAAGCCGAUGUACUUGGCUUCUUCCGCGUGCUCUUCCUCACCCAUUCGCCAAAGAGCUUUGACGACCAGCUUCCUCAUCUCGUUCCCAUUCUUGCCGCGUCCAUCGAAGAUAAGCUCCACCGAAGCUGCAUCGAAGCUUUCCUUACCUGCUCGCAGCUCGUAUCUGUGCUGCGUCCUCUUGGAAGCAAUGCUUCUGCAGGUGCGGCAGCUGGUGCUGCAAAACCUAGUUCAUACAAGCCGUACUUGCUGCAGAUCUACUCGGCUACCGUGGCACGACUCAACCGACUCGACUCGGAUCAAGAGAUCAAAGAACGCGGAAUCGCUUGUCUCGGCGUCCUUCUCGCCCACGCUGGAGACGAUCUGACUGAAAAUCAUGCUGAAUGCUUCGAGCUUCUCACCGCACGUCUCACCAACGAAGUGACACGAUUCAUUACUGUCAAAGUCAUCGCUCAAGUUGCCGCUUCUCCCGUCUGCGCGGGUCCCGCAUUCGAAGCUUUCCUCCAGAGCUCUAUCGCUGAGGUCGCAACACUUCUCCGCAAGUCUAAUCGUCAACUGCGUCUUGCUGCAUUCGACUGCCUUGCUGCUGCACUCUCACGAUCGUCGACCAAGCUCGGCAUUGCUUCCACAAAUGCCAUCCUUGCCGAGGUUCAACCGCUCGUGAAUGCGGAUAUGGACAUGAAUCUCCUCCCGCACAUUUUGCGCAGUGUUAACUUGAUCCUCGUCAGUGACCCUGCGACGCGCGAAAGUGUGCGCCAAUCUGUGCUGCCUCAGAUCUACUUGGUUUUGAGGCUGCCAAUUGCACAAGGUCCUGCGUUGGAGUCGCUUCUCGAGUUCUUCAGGCUCUAUGUUGGCGCGCAGCCAGCUAGUGCGCCAGAGACGGUGGAGGAGCUGCUCAAAGCCCUGGAAGCGGCGAAGGGAUCGGCGAGCGGUACGCAUCUUUACUCGACUGUUUCGCGCUGUAUCGGCGCGGUCUGCACUGUUUCCGAAUCAGCUAGUGGCAAUGUGGCGAGCAAAGCUACGGCGACGUUGGAGAGUGGAGGAGGAGCGAAGGAUACGGAUGUUUACUUUGCGUUGUUGCUGUUGGGUGAGUUGGGACGGUUUAAUGACUUUUCGACUCGAGCUGGGUUGUUGGAGCAUGUGCUUGGGUUUUAUGCCGCGGAUUCGGAAGAGGUUAAGAUGGCAGCAGCGUUUGCGGUGGGGAGUAUGGCCGUUGGAGCUCUAACCGUUUUCCUGCCUGUGCUUGAACAGCAUAUUCGGACAAGUGGAGAUGAUAAGACUUCGUCUCAGCGUUUUCUCUCGCUCCACGCCCUGAAGGAACUCAUCACGCACGGAUCGAUGGACCAGCUCAGCGUAGUAGCCGAAUCAGUCUGGCCGCUCCUCUUUGAUGCAUGCGAGACAAAGGAGGAGGGUGUCAGAUCGAUCGGUGCUGAAUGUCUAGCUCGACUUACAUUGAGCGAGCCAACAAAGUUCCUUCCCCUGUUGCAGGAGCGACUAAGGUCGCCCUCUGUUUCGGUCCGGGCGACGGUGCUUGCUGCGAUCCGCUUCACCCUCUCCACUGAAUCUUCGGCCGCAUACGACGAGCUGCUGGCCCCGAUUUUGGUAGACUUCCUAUCGUUGUUGAACGAUGCAGAGUUAGAAGUAAGACGAAACGCAACUUUCGCACUCAAUUCUGCUGCUCACAACAAACCCUACCUCAUCCGCGAUCACCUCCCUACUCUCCUCCCACUUCUCUACUCCGAGACACACAUCAAACAAGAACUGUUGAGGAAAGUCAGCAUGGGACCCUUCCAAAUCAUCACCGACGAUGGCUUGGAUCUUCGCAAAAACGCAUACGAAACUAUGUAUCAGCUUCUCGACACCCUGUGGUCUCGUCUGCACCUUCGAGACUAUCUCGAUAGGGUAAUUGCUGGAUUGAACGAUUCAGAUGAUGGCAUCAAAACUCUUUGCUACUUGAUGAUGAUCAAGCUAGUCGAAUUACGAUCUAGCCUGGCGAGGACAGUGUUGGGAGGUAGGUUGGAAGAGUUGGCCGAACCAGUGGGAGCUACUUUGAGAAGUAAACUGAAAGAAACAGCUACCAAACAGGAGAUUGAGAAACAGGUUGAAUUGCAGAGGUUUAUUUAUAAAAUGUUGGUCGUUCUUAGUAAGGCCAUGGAUGGAGUUGUAGUGAGUGGUGCUACUCCCAAGUUCUAUGCGGUUGUGCAGGAGGCCAAAUCUGGUUCAGCAUCUGGUGUGGAUACAGGUACUAAUCGUGCCGCCGUCGGUGCUGGAGCAAAUAGUGCGCUUUGGAGAGAGGUUGAAGCUUCGCUUGCUAAUAAUUCGUCUCCGUCCUAG